AUGGUGAAGAUAUGUUGUAUUGGAGCUGGGUAUGUCGGAGGGCCAACAAUGGCCGUGAUUGCUCUUAAAUGCCCUUCGAUUGAAGUUGUGGUGGUUGACAUUUCGACACCGAGAAUCACUGCUUGGAACAGUGACCAUCUUCCAAUCUACGAGCCUGGUCUUGAGGAUGUGGUGAAGGAAUGUAGAGGAAGAAACUUGUUCUUUAGUAAUGAUGUGGAGAAACAUGUUGCAGAUGCUGAUAUUGUUUUUGUUUCGGUCAAUACCCCGACCAAGACUCAAGGGCUUGGAGCUGGAAAAGCAGCUGAUCUGACCUAUUGGGAAAGCGCCGCUCGGAUGAUUGCUGAUGUAUCAAAAUCAGCCAAGAUUGUGGUUGAGAAAUCGACGGUUCCUGUCAAAACAGCCGAGGCCAUUGAGAAAAUCUUGACUCACAACAGCAAAGGCAUCGACUUUCAAAUCCUGUCAAAUCCAGAAUUUCUUGCUGAGGGAACUGCUAUUAAGGAUCUUUACAAUCCAGAUCGAGUUCUUAUUGGAGGACGGGAGACCCCAGAAGGGCUUAAGGCUGUCCAAGCUCUAAAACAAGUUUAUGCACACUGGGUUCCCGAAGAAAAGAUCAUUUGUACUAAUCUUUGGUCAGCUGAACUAUCUAAAUUGGCCGCAAAUGCUUUUCUUGCACAAAGAAUAUCUUCUGUCAACGCAAUGUCGGCACUCUGUGAGGCUACUGGUGCAGAUGUUAGCCAAGUAUCACAUGCCAUUGGCAAAGACACGAGAAUUGGUUCUAAGUUUCUGAAUGCUAGUGUGGGAUUUGGUGGUUCUUGCUUCCAGAAGGAUAUUCUGAACUUGGUUUACAUUUGUGAGUGCAAUGGACUACCUGAGGUGGCUAAUUACUGGAAGCAGGUGAUCCAAAUCAAUGACUACCAGAAAAGCCGAUUCGUCAACAGAGUGGUUGCAUCAAUGUUUAACACUGUGGCAGGGAAAAAGAUUGGGAUUUUGGGAUUUGCUUUCAAGAAAGAUACUGGAGAUACUCGAGAGACGCCAGCCAUUGAUGUUUGUCGGGGAUUGUUGGUGGACAAGGCUGAAUUGAGGAUUUAUGAUCCACAGGUUCCACAAGCUCAAAUUGAGAAGGAUUUGACCAUGGUGAAGUUCGAUUGGGAGAACCCAGUCCUUGUUAAUCAUGUCAGUCCUGUUACUCUCAACCAAGUCUCCAUCGUAGAGAAUGCUUACGAAGCAUCCAAGGAUGCACAUGGGGUCUGCAUCUUGACCGAAUGGGAUGAAUUCAAAACUCUUGAUUUUCAGAAGAUUUACGACAACAUGCAGAAACCAGCCUUUAUAUUCGAUGGCAGGAAUGUUGUAGAUCCCAAUAAGUUGAGAGACAUUGGGUUCAUCGUUUACUCAAUUGGGAAGCCAUUGGAUCAAUGGUUAAAAGAUAUGCCUGCUGUAGCAUAA